AUGGGGAGGUCCUCUUCCACGGAGAAGCUGGUGUGCUUCGUGCUGGCGGUCCUGGCCGUGCUGUCCCCGCUGUACAUCGACCGCCGGCCCGCGGCGGAGCGCGAGGAGGAUGAGGAGGAGGACGGCAGCCCGUCGGCGCUGUGGCUGCCAGCGGUGCUCGUCGCGCUCAUCUUGGCCAUCAACGUGACGUGCUUCAUGGAUCGGCGCGUCGUCAGGUUCGACCCCUACUGGAUCCACCGCGUGUGGGGGUCCUCCGGCGGCCUCCUGGCCAUGCUGCUGCUCCUAGGCUUCGUGCUCAGACACGGUCUUCUCGCGAAUUAUGCUUCUGCUUCAGUUCCAAACUCUACUCUUGUAGAGUUAGCAACUGUAGCGAAAACUAAUAAUUUACUGGCAUCAGAAAACAAAGUUAUUUAUUACAAGGAUGGAUUGGCCAUCUCCAUAGCCAGCACUAGAAUUUUGGUUACAGAAGUGUAUACUGCCAUCCAACAAUGCUUUGAAGAAGACAAGAAAAACAGACCAAAGUACAGAAGUGCAAGUCACAGACCUUAA